ACUCGUGUUUCUACACGGACGGAUUUGACGCGAGCACAUUCGACUCUUCCCGCCCACUCCUCCUUCGCACGUCACUGUCCGUGUCUUCGCUUCCUGCCUGCGAGUUUGCGGCAACUUUCGGUCUGUGGAGGAGUCGUCGGUUUCCAAAGAGACCUCGUACUGUUCAUGUAAAGGGGCCCUGUGACAACGAAGAGACGCCGUUUCUUUUUUAAAUAACCAUUUUAACCAUGGCGUGUGAAGGAAACGGCGUGUCCGAUGAGAGGAUAGGGACUGCCCUGAUCACAGAGGUCAUUGAGGAGGAACUGAAGGAUAUGCCCGCGGAGAACGUCCCGCACCUUGCCUCUGCGAAAGUAAAGACCGAGCACGAGAAGAAGAUGGUGACCCAGCUGGGUGUGAUGGUCCGCAUCAUCGGCGACAGAAUGCAGGAUGACCAGGAGUUCCAAGAUGCAGUAGACGGGGUAGCAAAAUGCUCUGGCUCAAAGUGGGACAAAUUUAAUGGAGUGGCAGAGAAAGUGUUUGAGCAUGGGAUCACCUGGGAGAGGAUCGCUGCACUUUUCUAUGUUGCCGGCAAGCUGGCAGUCAAGAUGGUGGAAGCUCAUCUGCCUCAGUCUGUGAGUGAGAUCCUGAAGUGGACUAUCGAUUUUUUCAAAAACAAACUCCUGGACUGGAUUCGGGAACAUGGAGGAUGGAUCAACAGUUUCUCAGAGCUGGCAAUGGCGUCCAUGCAGAGCGUGUCAUCCCUGAGCUCUCAGAGAGUAGGCCUUGUCAUCAUAUUCAUUGCCGGCCUGUCUCUUGGAAGCGUCAUCACCUGGAGACUGACCAGAUGACUCUAAGGCGCGCCUGUACACACACCACAAUGUUUCAGCCUUAAUCGGACGUGACUAUGAAAUAAGAUGGUUCAAACAUCCCCUGAGGAUGAUUACCAUUUUUUUUACUUUUCUACCUUUCCAAUAUUUAUGCAAAACUUGAAAAGAGAUGGUAGACACAUAUAACCAUCCAAGACGUACUGUAUCAUUAUCAAGAAAUUCAGCCCUCGGAUCCAAAAAGGAAAAAAAAUAAACUCAAGCAGAUGCUGUCUGAACAGUGUAACAGGUUUACCACUGUCCUCAAGAUGGGAGGCAGAAAUAUGUAUGGUUUAAUGAUGUGCUGGGAUUUGUGUUGCAGUAUAUUAUCAUCUUUAAUAAUUUCUUGUAUUUAUUUUUAAAAAAUCUGUCAUUAUUUUCUUGAUUCCCAUUUGUUGAUUUCUGCCUUGUUAAUGCCACAUCCUGAUUUGGGAAAGCUACCAUUAAAAUCUUAAUAGCACUCCUGCUAUUGCCGAUCAUCAUGGAUCAGGUACUGUAUCAGUACUUAUUAGUUAUUUUUGCCAAUCUUUAAGAGGAAUAUAGAAACAUAUUUAAAACAUUUUCCCGCCCUGCUCUGCCCUCACAUGCAUCAAUAUCAUCAUCAUCAUCAUCUGGAUUGGUAACAGUGACUGAUUUGUGAUGUUUACAUAUAAAUAAUGAACAGGAAAUGUAUUUUCAUAAUUCAUCCAGUACAAAGCAGAGCCGAUAACAUCAGAGUUUAUCGAUACUAGUCAACCUCAUACACGAAGUGAAAGAAUAUUAAAGCAGUUUUACUUUUCACCACA